AUUCCCGCGGCCCGCCGAUGAAUUUGAUAUGAAUGGCAGUUGUUGUGUUUUAACUAUUUGACGUAAAUAAUUAUGGUUAGGAACUUUUUUGACGUAAAUUGUGUUUUCUGAUAUAAAUUGGAUAUGGAUAGCAAAUGGACAGACACUAAAAAAAGUGUAAACAAGAAUUUGGAAGACCUGAAGAAAGAGUUAGAGGGUAAAUGGAAGCUGUUGCCUCCUUCAGAAGAACUCAAGAGUACGGCACACGACAGGUUUUUGACAGGGCUGAAGAAUUACAUGCAAAAUUACCUGAAAGAAGAAGAAGAACUGUUAACAGAGCAUCAGAUAAAAGUUUUACGAGAAGAUGUAGAGAAAAUGUGGGCUCUGUGUUGUUAUACAGAUACACAGAAAGAAGAGUUCCCAGAGUAUAAUGUACCUGUUGUGUCUGAAACAAUCCUGGACAAACAUAGAAAGUAUCUUGCUACAUUGGAAGUAUUGUAUAAAAACAAUGAGUUGGUAUUCAGUUCAGCAAAGAAGUAUUUUGACCUCUGGCAUCAUGUGCAGGAUCUUGAGAAACAGUUAAGUGACCCUACUCGACUUUUCACUAAUCGAGGUGCACUGCUCCUUAAAAAUGAAAAGGAUCGCAAGGAUGGAAAAAAGGAAUUAAUUCGCUUGGAGGGAGAGCUGACAAGACUGGCAAAACAGCAUGAAGAAAAGUACGGGAAUCAACUUUUGAUACAUGGAGAAACAGUUAUAUCAUGGUUGCAAAAAUUUAAGCCAGAAUCUUUUCCAGGAUCAACUUGCAAAUCUAGGGUUCGCCCUUGGCACAAUGGGAUGUCAAGCCAAACAUCUACGGCAAAAAAGAGGCCAUGCACCACAGACUCUACUAUCAGCAAUGGGCCUGCACCAGCUAAACAAUGCAAGCGCUCCCUACAUGGGAAAGUGAAUGGUUUUUAAGUCUUUUAAUGACGAUUUACAUGUACAAUUAUUGUAACUGCUGAACUUCAUCAGCUUCAUCGUUUUAUUCUGUACUGAGUCAUUUUAAGUCACUGUGUACAAAACAUAGAUUAUUUAGAACUGUUUAUAUUAAAGUAAAUGUGUAGUUUUAACUCAUCUUGUUGUACUGCUGUCACUGAGGAGAAAAAAGAUAAAACAUUCUUUGCAUGGAUACGAACAUCCAUAUUGUUAGUUUUAGCUUCUAGUGCAAUGAUAAGUUUUAUUAUAUCAUAUCUAUUUUAUUGUAAAUAAAUAGUUUUACACAAGAAACCACAGCGUCAGAUGUGAUCAGUAAGACUGGAGAUUUGGAAAGGUAAGAAGGUAUUUUGUUAAUUAGAUAAACAAGAUUUUAAUAUGC